UUUCUUCUAGGAGCUCCAGCUGCUGUCACAUUUCUUUUAAAAUUUAACAACUUUUAAAUUAAUCCCAAGAAUGAUCACCGAUGAAGAACUUGCACAGAGAAUGGAUGCUAUCUCUAAGAGCUUCUCGUCCACUGUUUUGUACUCCUCGACGCAGCAGGAUAAGAUCCAGGAUAAAACCUUGGAUAAGAUAACGAUGAUCGUCAGAAACGCAACAAAGAAGCAGUUGCAGUCUCGCCAUCCUCACACGCUUAUCACGUGUCUACUGAGAAUCCUGCUGUAUUACGAGAAAGUAUUGCACACGAAUAGAUUUUGCGAUUUAUGGAAGCGUCGACGUAAAUUUAAAGUCGCCCGAGAUUGCUAUCAUGCUUUACUGAAAAGCUAUCUGCCCGAAAGAUCACGGGAUGUCGUGGAGACCAUCGUGGAAUCCAUCUAUCACGAGCGACUCUGGAAAUUCGAGACUUUCUGUUUUGAAGUGAUGUACAGUCUGCUGAACAUCAACCCUGUUAUUGCCGGACUGAUCGUCCAUUCAAUUUGGAAUAAAUUAACACUGCCAGAAAUUAGCGUCGAGGAUGCUCGCGGUAUCGUCAGAAUAUUGUAUGAGCUUCUGGACGUGUAUGUGUGGCCGGCAACGCAGGAUACAGUAGCGACAAUAGAAAGGAUGCUCGCGCUCUUCCACGCCAGUAUAAUCGCACGAUUAACGACGACCUCCUUUUCCUCUUCCUCUUCUUUAGCACCUUUACCACCGUCAUCGCCAUCGACGCUUGCAAGCCUCAAGAAAGGUUUAGAAGUUUGCCUAAGAAAUACUAUGAAACAUAUGCCGAACGAUCAGCUGCUAGUGGUCGUACAGCACAUGUGCUCAUGGACAGUGGCCGCAGGUACGACCGACGAAUUCGUUUUGGAAUUCGCCAGUACCUUGGAAUUCGCUGCUUAUAUGCACCAGGCGGGUCUCUACGAGCAAACCCUCACCCCGAAAAUCUUCCCGCUGUUAAUGCAAAUGGUGGGCUCGUCCAGUCGGAUCAUCAGUCUACUAGGCAACCGAGUGUUGCAGUACUUGAUGGACCGCCAAGACAACCGACCGAUCUUCGACACGCCCAAGAUCUUCUUUGAGCACUCGCGUCUUGAUCUGCGUAUCACGCAGUGUCGCAAAGAAGAUCGGUUGUUCUUCAAGUUGCAUCGCGAAUUGCUACACGAUAGCCUGCUAAAGAGUCUAAUAAGCCACUCGGACUCACGGAUGAAUCUCGAGAUGACGUAUUGCACGAUAUGUAUGAUCGCUGUCGAGGUACCCUGUGGCUUCAUGGCUGCUGCUCUGGUCUGCCUCGCGAUGAAUCUACAGGAGAUCAUCCUGCAACAGCAGAACAAUCACGUGGAAAUAGCUUGCCACAUACAUGCUAUGAUCAUCUCUAUUAUGUCCCUCAUCUGCUGGAUACACAAGGCUAAAGCUUUCUACAACUAUGUGAACAGAGUUGUGACAGAAAGGGCGCAAUGGGCGCCGCAUCUGAACCCUCCCAUCCAAUCCCAAUACAACUUUGCUCUGCAUCACGUUCUUUGGAACAAGCCGGAGCUAUUCUUCGUCGACUGGGAGGUGCGCUAUGGUCUCUGGAAAUGCUUCCAUCUCACCGACAUCCACAACAGCAUCUCGUUAAUUGCACAUUGAAUGAUAUGAUUUCUGAAAUGAAUUAGGAAUUCACAGAUCUGUCUUUGAGAUCACUCUAUUAUAUUUUA